GCUGCUGCUGCUGCGGCCCGCGCUGCCCUCCUAAAUCACCACAGCCCCAUGAACAUGUCCAACGCAGUCAUGGGUCUAAACCCCACCGACAGGUUCAUCAAAUGUAAGUGCGUGCGCGGGCGCGCGCCCGUUUCAGCCGGAUGUUUUUGUGUCUUCGCGUCUCCUGCGCGUCUCAACCUGUCAUUAAAAUGAUCAUUUGCAUUUACAAAUUGUGGGCUCGGCUGUCUGUGAUUGCUCUGCAACAACCAUCACACAUGCUCAAGCUUAAAACAAUGACCGAUCCGCUUAUUCUUCUUCUUAUUCGUAGUAGCAUUAGUCUAUUAUUAUAUCAUCGUGCAAUUAUUUGGAUCAGUGAUCUAUGCUCCAUGGCCCAUUUGUCGUGCGUUUUUGGUGUACCCUGAUAGGCUGGAGGCUGGCUAAUGAGCUUCAGACCAGCUUUCAGCUAGUGGUGAAUGCGUGAAUUGCUAGAGAGAGAGAGAGAGAGAGAGAGAGGGAAAUCAGCAUCAUUUCGUUCCAAUGAAACCUUUUCCCUUGCCACUUUGACGAUGACAGCAGCCAAAGGACGACCUAAAGCGGUCCCGUUCCCGCUGAGCCACAGGUUGAGUAUGCGGGAGGUGUUCGACUGUGAGGGAAAGCCACGAGUGGACCUGCUGAAGGCUCACCUCACUAAAGAGGGCCGUGUGGAGGAACCUGUCGCCCUGCGCAUCAUCAACGAGGGAGCCUCCAUCCUGCGACAAGAGAAGACAAUGCUGGACAUCGAGGCUCCCGUUACAGUGUGUGGAGAUAUUCACGGGCAGUUCUUUGACCUGAUGAAGCUGUUUGAGGUUGGAGGCUCUCCAGCUACAACGCGGUACCUCUUUCUAGGGGACUACGUGGACCGAGGUUACUUCAGUAUCGAGUGUGUUUUGUAUCUCUGGUCACUGAAAAUCCUCUACCCAAAGACGUUAUUUCUGCUGCGGGGAAACCAUGAAUGUAGACAUUUGACUGAAUAUUUCACAUUCAAACAAGAAUGUAAAAUUAAAUACUCCGAGCAGGUGUACGAUGCGUGUAUGGAUGCGUUCGACUGUCUGCCGCUGGCAGCUCUGAUGAAUCAGCAGUUUCUGUGCGUGCAUGGUGGUCUCUCACCCGAGAUACACACGUUAGAUGACAUCAAGAAGCUGGACCGGUUUAAAGAGCCUCCAGCCUUUGGUCCCAUGUGUGAUCUUCUGUGGUCGGAUCCACUAGAGGACUUUGGCAAUGAGAAGUCGCAGGAGUAUUUCAGCCACAACACUGUCCGCGGCUGCUCGUACUUCUACAGCUAUCCUGCGGUGUGUGAGUUUCUACAGACUAAUAACCUGCUCUCAGUGAUCAGAGCCCACGAGGCGCAGGAUGCAGGUUAUCGGAUGUACAGAAAAAGCCAGACGACAGGCUUCCCCUCUCUCAUCACUAUCUUCUCCGCUCCCAAUUACCUGGACGUGUAUAAUAAUAAAGCUGCUGUGCUAAAAUAUGAGAACAAUGUGAUGAACAUACGUCAGUUUAACUGCUCGCCACACCCUUACUGGCUGCCUAACUUCAUGGACGUGUUCACCUGGUCCCUGCCUUUCGUAGGAGAGAAAGUGACUGAGAUGUUGGUGAACGUCCUUAGCAUCUGUUCAGAUGAUGAACUCAUGAACGAUGGCGAUGAGAUCUAUGAUGCGAAUGCUGCAGCCGCGCGUAAGGAGGUCAUCAAGAACAAAAUCCGUGCCAUCGGCAAAAUGGCCAAAAUGUUCUCAGUCUUACGUGAGGAGAGUGAGAAUGUGUUGACUCUGAAGGGUCUGACCCCGACCGGCAUGCUGCCCAGUGGAGUUCUUUCUGGAGGAAAACAGACUUUACAGAGCGCUACCAUCGAGGCCAUUGAAGCCAUCGAGGGGGUUGAGGACGGAGAAGCUAUCCGUGGUUUCUCCCCGCAGCAUAAGAUCAGAAGUUUUGAGGAGGCGAAGGGUCUGGACCGGAUAAACGAGCGCAUGCCGCCGCGCCGCGACGUGCUCAACAGCGUGGGCCUGUCUAUGGGCCGCAUGAACAUGGCCGAGUCCAACGGCACCGACGACAACAGCAACCUUCAGUGACUCCUCAUCAUCAUCCUCCUCCUCUUCUUCAUCCCCGUCUGUGCUCUCGCUCUCCCUUAUUUUUUCCCCUUAUUCCAUCCGUCUGCAUUGCUGCUUUUUUCUCUCUCUCCCUCUUCACAGUGGACGACCAGCUGUGGUUUGAGACGCGGCCUGAGUGAACUACGGAUGAGCCAGAAGUGUUUUUAUUUGGAUUUGAAAGGGAGGAUGUAAAAAGCGUGUGAUACUGGGAGGAAGUGCUGGAGGAAGUGCUGGAGGAAGUGCUGGAGGAAGUCCUGCUCUGAAGCUCGGUCUGGUCGUGAUUUAGUGAAGAGGAAGAGAGAGACGAGUGUGUGUGGGUUGUAUAAUGACAUAUUAACUGCAAACUGAUAAUAGAGUGUUGGAGCGCUGUUUUCUUGGAUAAGUUUAUGUCUGCUUUCUAUGUGUGUGUGUGUAAGUGUGUGUGUGUGUGUGUAUGUGUGUGGGUGGGUGGGUGGGUUGGUUGACUUGUGUAAUUACAUUGUAAGGAAGUAGGCUUAAUCACAGAAGACUAUUCCUCUUUUCCUGCCUGCUGGAAACUGAAUAUUAUGGCGUCAGCGAUAUUCAUUCACUGUCAGAAAAGUGUGAGUGUAUGUGUGUGUGUGUGUGUGUGAAUGUGUGAAUGUGUGUGAGUUUGAGUGUGUCAGGGCUGUCAGUUUCAUUAAAAAAUGCAAUCAUUUAUAGGAUCGGUAAUGAAAUAUCAAUAAUCGUCACUUUGCUAUGCCAAGAAAAUCGAAGAAAGCAUACGAUGAUUUUUUAUUUUAUUUUAUUCAUUUCUUUGAUAUAUUAUAUAUGAUAUUUUCGUGGCACGUAUGCGGAUACUAAAUUCAACUUUUAUGUUCAGCGUUUUCCGGUUGAGAACUCGUAUUCAAGAUCGUCAUGUAAUGGGAGUCACCCUAAUUACCAUCUUACAUGGGGGGGGUCUAUUCUGGCUGCCAACAUGGACAUGCUGCGAGAUAUUAAAGAAUAUUUAGUACGUACAGCCCAGAUUACAAUCCUGCUCAGCAUGACAGCUAAUGAUCGAUUAAAAAAAAAAAAAAAAAUACUAUCACACUUUUAACCUGAUAAACACAACAGCAAUCCAAGAAGUAGGAAGAAAUGUGAAGUUUUUCCAUCGUGAUAAAUUCAGCAUGUAAGGGUGUAACACAAAGCCAUUGCAGACCCUAGGUAGAGCACUACACGCCCUUGAAUAAGAGUCUGCUGGAAAUGAAUAGAGAAAUACGUGAUAAUUGAGAUGUAACCAAAUAAGAUAAGAUAAGAUAAGCUUUAUUGAUCCCACACUGGGGAAACUCCUUCGUUACAGCAGCCCAAUUACACACACACACACACACACACACACACACACACACACACACACAAAAACAGAUAGGAAAGAAUACACAUUAAAUAGGAAUAGAAUUGAAAAAGUGUCUAAAAAUAUAUACACAAUAGGAAUAGAAAAUAAGAAUAAUAGUAGUGAAAAAUAAUAAUAAUGGUAAUAUGUACACUAUGAACACCUCAAUGUAUGUACAGUUGAAUACAAAUAUAAAUAUAUACAGAUCAGUAACACCUCGUUUAUAUACAUGAAUGGAUUAUUGCACAGUUAACAAUAGAGGGUGAGCAACAAAUAAUAAUAAAUGUUCAUAUCGCAGAAUUAUUGUGAAUGUGUAGGUUGAUGAUGCAAAACAGCUAGCAGUGCUACACGUUAUUCGGAUUGAACGGAGAGUAUAUUUCUAAACAGAUACGGUUGUUGUUGGUUUUUUUUGUUGUUGUUCGUUCGUUGUUAAGAAAGCUUGCCAGAAAGGUUCACCGGAAAUCAAGUUGAGACCAGAUCCCAUCACGGAAAGUGACGUGGUCUUCUUGGACGGGGUUUAAAUUGAACAACUAGUUUGUUUAUAUUCGCAGGAACAAACAGGAAGAUACAAAAAGUAUAGAUUUGUGAGCAGGAUUUAAAAAACAACAACAACAACAACAACAAUAAAAACAAUCCCAUGCAUGUGGUUUUAGGUUUCAUAUUUAAAUGAGAAAUUAAGAAGAAGAAGAAGAAAAAAAAAAACAUCUGGUUUAGCCACACCCAGUUCAGAAUUAAAUCUGAAUACAGACACCGAUAGUGGUGUUGUGUUGCGUCCCUAAUAUUUUCACUUUUUAGCAUGUGAGAAUAAAGUUUCAUGUAAAUGUCGUGUUUAUUCAAAGCCCUUUAAAAUAAAUAAAUAAAUAAAUAACGCCAGCAUCAAAAAGUCUGAAUACAUUUUAAUUCAGAGAGUAAAAGAAAACGAGGUCCUAAACAAUCACACAUUCAGAAUUUUCUCAAAUUUCAAUGGUAAAAUUUGAUCCGACAGCCCUACUGUGUGUGUGUGUGUGUGUGUGUGUGUGUGUGUGUGUCUAUAUAUAUAUAUAUUAUAUAUAUAUAUAUAGUAUUUACUUUCACAGUCUCUAGCUCUUCUAUACCAUGUUUUGCUACUAGUAUUUAACAGAUUAGCCUCCAGUGUCAUUCACUGAAGACCAGGACUUGACAAAAAGACGCCUUUCAUGUUUACUCGUCCGCUCUGUGCGAUGUUACGCUGCUGUCGCCGCGUUUUACUGAAACCGCUGUGAUCACGCAGCCGUAGGACCCGAACACCUGCUGGGCUCAAAAAGAGACACACACAUUCACAUACCAUGUUUAUAUCUGUAACAGUCGAGGAGGAUCAGUGGGAUUAGGAGGUUCUGGCAUUUAUGGACAUUCACACACUGACAUUCUUUGUGCAAAUAUAUACCUACUGUAUGGUCUCAAUCAGGUCCUGGCCUGCCCAGCUGCAAAAGACUGAUCCGGCUAACGCGUAACAAGCCUUGGGAUCUUGCUUUGUAAAUACACUGUAAAAGGUUUGUUUGUUGUUUUUUUUUUUUUCACAUUGAUUUUUUUUUCUAUUUAAGUGCACAUGAUUUAUUUAUGAUUAUUUUCAUUUAGAAUUUAUUUUUUAUUUUUUUCUGUUUGCUGGUUUACUGUUGCUGUACAUUUCAGUGACGACGCUUGUGAGUUUAUUAUUUAUGAUUUCUUUUGUUUCCUCUCCUCUGUCCGUGUACAGAAGUCGUUCGGUUGCGUGAAUGAUCGUAUAACUGUUUGAAAAAGCCAUCCAGGCUGCAUGACUGCAUGGGAAAAUUCAAACAUGUCAAGCAAAUACAGACGCACCUUCUCGCGUCCUCAUGUUUUUAAGAAGAUAUAUUCCAGUCAUCAUUAUUCUCUUCGAUAUUCUUCUUGUUUAUUAUAAAAAUGAGCUUUCUGCUGUUUCUGGCUUCUCUUCUCAUUUGGUCACUCAUUGUAUUUUACUUUAAAACUGAAAACUGAAGCGGUUCAUGAGUUAUUUGUGAUUCUCUCUCUAUCUUUCUCUCUCUCUCUCUCUCUCUCUCUCUCUAUCUAUCUCUCUCCUUUUCGUAUUUUUCUCUUAGUUUUGACAUUUUGACUUUUGAUCUACACACAGUGUACGCAUGCCCCAUGGGACAAAUCUCUUUUUUUACUCUUGAAUAAAAUAUGCAUGGACCU